CCGAAGUGGUAUGGUGGCAGGCAUCAAGAAGUUUAUGAACUGAGACAUGGGAUUUCGUGUAAUCUUUAUUGGAUAAGCUUUCGUUUGUCAAAUUUAUUGAAGAAUAUUCUACUUCAAAAAAAUAAAGACAGCAUAAGCGACUGGAUCGCAAGAUGUAAUUGUUUUCAAAACCGUGGAUUUCCUAUUAUCUUCUGCAAUGCAUGGCAAGGAUUGAAGCUAGCCAGCUAGCUAGCCUGUUGGCUGGCUAAUGACUUCAGUUAGCUAAUUUUCAUUUCGUCACGUAAUUUAUUUUACUGUUGCGAGCUGACUUGCUGGAAUGGCUGGAUUCUAACCUCGGUGGACAUGAAAUUCGAAGCGCUUUUAAAAUAAUUAGUUUCAAAUGGUGUUGUGUCGCUUUGUGUACCAGGGGAUUUACAAUAAACAAAGGAUAUAACGUUAGCUAGCUAGCCUGCUAGCUGACCAAAAACAAACAGUGGAUCCAGCUCAUCGAUAAAUGCCGAGCUCGGAGGCGGCGCAAGAGGGUCGGGGACGGAGCCCCUCUGAGCACAGAAAUCCCCGAGAGAGGCGAAGUAGAGUACCUGGCAGUACAGCAUCUCAGGGCGAGAAACACCGGGAAAAGAGGCAAUCGUCGUCCUCAAGCCGGAAGAAACACAGACAUACCAGGGAUAGACACCAGCCGCAAGUAGAUGAAUCGAACAGUGAACGGAGGAGUGUGUUUGAGAGGGACGGUGAACUCAGGACUUUGGUGGAGUACGACGACAUCAGCUCACAAUCGGAGGGCUUCUCCGGCAGUCCCUCUCCAAAACCCGAUCCAAACACCCAGAGGUUUUUGUUGCAGCGUUUGAACGAAGUGGAGUUUCUGGGCGGGACCUGCCCGACCACGCCGCCGAACAGGAGGUCGAGAAAAGAGCGACAAUCCUCGCAUCCCAGGAAAGAUGGUCAGAGCCGUUCGAACGAAAGGAGCAGAAUCGACAAGGAGGACAAAAGAAAUGACCAGCGGAGCCGAGAGCGAGAUGCUUCUUUCAAGUCCCGGAGCGGUGGCAGCAGCAGCACCAGCACCAGCAGUACCAAACACAACAGGGACGGGGCGAGAAACGACAGCAAUGGCAAGAACAAAGCUCCACCAGCACUGAUGGCUUUGGACAAAAAGGAAUCGAAGCAGCCUAAAGGUAGAACAAGGCAGGAAAAGGAUCCCCCAUCAGCGUACAGGGACACUCCAAAAGCGUACCGAGAUGAGCGCGAGGAGCCCAAGGCCUACAAAAGAAGUCCAAUGUUUAAAGAAGAGAGUCCCUAUGGGGCGUCUUUCUCACAGGGCUAUGGUUACCAGUCCCCCGGCGCCGGUUACAAUCAAUUCAUAUCCAGAAGAAGUCCUAGCUACGGGAACAAGAGGCGCUCACCCAGUCCAAGUUACUAUGGUCGCGAUGGAGAGUUUUACGGUGCCUACAACUCAAAGUCACCGGGAACAUACUCCAGUAACAAACGACAAAGGUCUCCCACGAGCCCGUACAAUAGACGGAGGUCUCCUAGCUACAACAGAAAUAGCCCAUACGAACAAGGAGAAAUUGCUUCGAGUCCGUACAGUAAUCGACGGCGGUCCAGGAGCCCCUACCGAAAGUCAUUCAGCCCAAGCCCCGACCUAAGGCGAGCGGGACGUUCCCGGAGCCGGAGCCCCUACCCCUCGUCCCGCCGCGCCUCGCGUUCCCGAAGCCGCCAUCGGCGUUCGCGGUCCGGCAGCCGGCCCUCCAGCCUGUCGCCCAGCAACCUCACCCUCAAGAGCAGCCUGGCGGCCGAGCUCAGCAAGCAGAAGAGGGCCAAGGCCGCGGAGGCGGCCGCGAGGGCCAGGGGCCACGGAGACGCCUCCGCGCCCACCAAGGGCCACGGCUCCACGCCCACCAAGGGCCACGGCUCCACGCCCACCAAGGGCCACGGCUCCACUCCCACCAAGGGCUCUGCCGCCGCGCAUGUAUCUGCCAACGCUGCCCCUCAGCCCAGCCCCGGCCCCGGCCCUGGCCCCGGCCCCGGCCCCAGCACCGGCCCCAGCACCAAGAAGGCCCGGCCCCCCUCGCCGCCCCCCGAGAAGGGCCCCCGCACCCCGCCGUCGCAGUCCCCCGCCGAGGACGUUCCCCCCAAGCGGCCGGCUGCCCCCCCUCAGCGGCCGACAGCCCCCUCCCAGCCCAUUAAGGAGGCCAGGGCGAAGGAAGACCCCCCUGCUCCAACCCCCCGGGAGAAGAAGAAGCCCUUGGUCUCAGGACAUGGCAGUAAAGACAGGGAGCGUGUGAGCGCCCCCCUCAUGUCCACGCUGGCCCCCCUGCCCCUGCCCCCCACCCUGCUGGAGCGCCUCGACGCAGUGGAGAGCUUGAAGGACUGCCUGCCGCCGCGCUCCGGGAAGAAGAAGUCGGAGCACAAGCCCCGGCCUCUGCUCAGCGACCUCCCCCUGCCCCCCGAGCUGCUUGGAGGCGACCCUGGCUCCCCCCAGAGCCCCCCCGAAGACAAGAAGUCCUCCGGCCGCCGCCGGCCCAAAAUCUGCGGUCCCCGGUUUGGCGAAAUCAAGGAGACUGAAAUCGACUGGGGAAAGCGGUGCGUGGACAAGUUUGAGAUCAUCGGCAUCACAGGCGAGGGCACCUACGGCCAGGUGUACAAGGCCAAAGACAAGGACACUGCUGAAAUGGUGGCACUGAAGAAGGUCCGCCUGGACAACGAGAAGGAGGGCUUCCCCAUCACCGCCAUCCGCGAGAUCAAGAUCCUGCGGCAGCUCAACCACAAGAGCAUCAUCAACAUGAAGGAGAUCGUCACGGACAAGGAGGACGCGCUCGACUUCAAGAACGACAAGGGGGCCUUCUACCUGGUCUUCGAGUACAUGGACCACGACCUGAUGGGCCUGCUGGAGUCGGGCCUGGUGCACUUCAACGAGAGCCACAUCAAGUCCUUCAUGAGGCAGCUCCUGGAGGGCCUGGACUACUGCCACAAGAAGAACUUCCUCCACCGUGACAUCAAGUGCUCCAACAUCCUGCUCAACAACAAGGGGCAGAUUAAGCUUGCAGAUUUUGGCUUGGCCAGACUCUACAACUCGGAGGAGAGUCGGCCGUACACCAAUAAGGUGAUCACGCUGUGGUACCGGCCGCCGGAGCUGCUCCUGGGCGAGGAGAGGUACACGCCCGCCAUCGACGUGUGGAGCUGUGGGUGCAUUCUGGGAGAGCUGUUCACGAAGAAGCCCAUCUUUCAGGCCAACCAGGAGCUGGCCCAACUGGAGCUCAUCAGUCGCAUCUGCGGCAGCCCCUGCCCUGCCGUGUGGCCGGACGUCAUCAAACUGCCGUUCUUCAACACCAUGAAACCAAAGAAGCAGUACCGCCGGCGCCUGAGGGAGGAGUUCGCAUUUGUCCCGCCCACAGCCCUGGACCUGUUUGACCACAUGCUGGCCCUGGACCCCAGCAAACGCUGCACGGCCGAACAGGCCCUCAACAGCGACUUCCUCAGGGACGUAGACCCCGCCAAGAUGCCCACCCCGGACCUUCCCCUGUGGCAGGACUGCCACGAGCUGUGGAGCAAGAAGAGGAGGCGGCAGAAGCAGCUGCCCGAGGAGCUCAGCGCCCCCAAGGCCCCGCGGAAGGACCUGGGCCUGGACGACAGCCGCAGCAACACCCCCCAGAGCUGCCCCGCGAGCGGCCCGCCGAAACCGCCCGGCGCCGGGGCCUCCGGACCGCUGGACUCCAAGCCCGCUGGCUCCCAGCUGACCCCUGACCAGCUGGCUGUGAUGGUGAACCUGCUGCAGUCCAAGACCUCGGUCAGCAUGGCCCAGUUCGCCCAGGCCAUGAACAUCAAGGUGAACCCCGAGACCCUGCAGCAGCUGACCCAGGUCUCCCUGCCCGCCGGGGUCCUGCCCGAACCCGAGAGGCCCCCGGAGCCGGCCGCCCCGCCCCCCGAGCCCCCAGCGCCCCGGACCCCGCCCCUGCCCCUGCCCCUGGCCCCCCAGGCCCGGCCGGAGGGCGAGGCAGCCUCUGUGGCCGUGCAGAGCGCCGUCACCAUGCUCCUGGCGCAGCUGCUCAAGGUCCAGCAGGCCCAGAUGAAGACCCCCACCGGGGCGCCCGAAUUAGGGGAGCCCCCCGCCCCCGCCGCCCCUCCUCCCAGCGGGACGGGGGGGCAGGAGCCACCCGCCGAACCACAGCAACAACCCCCCGAGCCCAGUACACCUCCGCCUGACUCCCCAAUGUCUGAGAGCAGUGUGGACUCCGCCCCGCUGCAGCUGCCCAUCCUGCCCCCGGACCAGAGGCCCCCGGAGCCGCCCGAGCCGCCCCCUCCCAGCGAGGACCUGGACUACCGGCUGGCCCCCGAGCCCAGCGGCCCGCCCCUGCCUCUGCAGCCCGAGGGCGGCGUGGCCCCCGAACCCGAGUACCGGCCUCCCCCGCCGCCCCCGCAGCCCGAGGCCCCGCCCCCGCCCAGCUUCGUGCCGCUGCCCCCGCCCCCCUUCCCGCCGUCGGGCUACGCGGGCGAGGGCUUCGGGGCGGGGUACCUGGGCGGGCUCCCGCCCCACGCCCUGAGGGACAUGUUCGGCGGCGCGCCCCCGGCCCUGUCCCCGUCCCCCUCCUCCUCGUCCUCCCUGCCCCCGCCCGGCUACCAGGACCCGCCCUUCCCCCACGGCGGCGUGGGGCUGUUCAGCGGCGACAAGGACCACCGCUUCGAGUACAACCGCAGCCCGCUGACGGCGGCCGAGGGCCUCCCGCACCCCGCCGGGCUCCACGGGUACGGCGUGAGCCGGCAGGACGCCCCGCCGCCUCACCCCCCGCCCCCUCACCCGCCCGUGCAGGCCUGGGGCUCGCCCUCCCUGUCCCAGCCCGUCGGGGCCCCGCCCUUCCCCCCGGGGUUCCUGCCCCACAUGAACGCCGCCGCGCUCCGGGGCCGGGGCCUCCCCUUCUGAACGGGGCCCGCGCGUCAGGACGGUAACGGAGCGGACCGUCGAUUAAGAGACGACACCCUCCCCCCCUCCCCCCUCGCCCAGGCCCUGGAUCCUGGACGGGGUGGGCAGCGCGCAGGGGGGGGAGGGGACGACGACACACACACUGACAUUACAUUUGUAGUAAUAAAAAAAAUAAGAAAAUUCAUUUCAGUGAAAAUAAUUUUCCCUGUAUCCGGGAAAGGUAAUGCAGCGAAGCGGAGGGAAUUCUGAGAGAGGGGGGGCUUUCACGCUCGUACCAUUUCGUAUUGUUUUUAAUCUAUUCUACUGCUGUCUUUUAAAUUAAACUUUUACCUUUUUUGAGUGCACAUUUACUAGAGCAGGUAAUCGUUUUUACCCGUAUUUUAGCAGUCUCAUGGUUUUUAAUUGCUUUAGGGCAGACUAGCGCUAAAGGUUCCUGCGCUGACGUGUUGGCGCCCGUAACCCGUUUAGGUAUGAGAUUAAACCAGCUACCUGUGCAGAGAAUUUAAUAUAGAUUUGGACCAACUACAUUUAACGCAGAUCCAGACGAGGUCUAACGAAGGCACUGGACGUUCGGUCUUCUCUGUGGAGAUUUUUUUUUUCUUUUUAAAUACUAAUUGAGACUACAGUCUGCCCUGUGUCUUUUUUUGGAAAGGUCACGAUAUUGCUGUAGGCUUUCCGCAAUUGGCUGUUGCAAAAUCAAAGCCAAAAGGAGAGAAAAAAAAAACCACAAUAAAUCAAAUGGAAAAUUAAAGCCCCAGUUUAAAAAUAAAGGCAACCGUGUCUUUUUGUACUAUGAUUAUUGUUUCCCCUGCAAAUGUUUAUUAAAGAAAUGCAAACUGAA